CCCGGCUCCAUCUUUCUGGCCGGAUGUGUCCUGAGCCCUGAGCUCGGAGGCUCUGAGGGGCCCUGGGAACUAAGCGUAGGCAGAAGUGGGCAGUGACAGGUGCAGGCGGGACAAACCCACUGCCCAGGGCUCAGGAGGGACUCAGAGCCAGGAUAGACAGGGAGGGUCCCGAGGGAACGCGGUCAGUCGGUGCAAUGUCACUCGCCCAGCGGCCACUUUGUGCCAGGCCUGUGCGAGGCAGUUUCUGUACCUCCUGGGAGAGGAAUUAGGGCUCCUGUUUUACAGAUGAGGACACGGAACUCAGAGCGACCGGCUCGUUUGCCCGGCUAGCGAGCGGCAGAGGCAGGAUCUGAACUCGGGUCAGUGGGCCUCCAAAGCCUCAGUGGUCUCUCCCCUGCCUCGCCUGCCCGACAAGGUCUUCGCUUCUCCGGGGCCUCCCUGUGCACAGUAGAGCAAGGUGGCAGCGGGGGCGGGGGAGGGGAGUGUAGGCAGCCCCCCAUCCCGCUCAGGCUGCCUCCUCCCCCCAGGAACUGCUCGGAGAUGCUGCCGGGGCCCCUGCUUUUCCUCCUGCUGCCCCUGUCCCUGCUGCUGCUGCUGCUGCUACUGCUGCGGCCGCCACCGGCCACACUGGGGCAGCCGGGCUCCUGGGAUGCCAGGCUGUCCUGGCUUGCUGGCCUCCAGCACCAUGUGGCCAGGGGCGUCCUGGGCUGGGCAGCUGCCUGGCAGCAGUGGAAACUGGACCAGAGCACACUGCACGUGGGCCAGAGCCAGCAGCAGGCCCUGGCGUGGUGUCUGCAGGGAGACCAGGGUCCCCGCGGCCCCCUCAGGGGGAGCACAGAUGUGAGCACCUUCCGGAAUCUUCUCCCUCUGACCAAGGCCAGCCAGGCCCAGGAAGAAUGUGGGGGGCCGCUCCUGUCCCCUCCCCAAGGCCCUUACUGUGGCGGGACCUCGCUGCAGGCCACGCUGCUGGGUCUGGGGGCUCUGAACAAGGCCUUCCCAGGAGUGCUGGCUCCGGGAAGCACAGCCCGUGUGACCCCCACAUCGCCGUGGCCCAGUCCCUUCCCCUGGCCUGGGCGCGCCUUGGGCCUGCUCAGCACCCCCGGAGUGACGGACCCCAAGGCCCUGCUGCUGGCGGCCCUGAGGUCCCCAGGGCUGAUGGCGCUGGAGGCCGGGACGGCAACCGAACUCCUGGACGUCUUCUUGGGCCUGGAGGCCAACGGCGAAGAGCUGGCUGCGGCCACAGCUGCCGGGAAGGCGGGCGCCCCGCUGCCUGGCCGGGCAGGCGAGCUGCGCGCCGCGCUGGAGCAGGGCCCCCGGGGACUGGCCCUCCGGCUGUGGCCACGGCUGCAGGUGGUGGUGACGCUGGACGCAGGAGGCCAGGCGGAGGCCGUGGCUGCCCUCAGGGCGCUGUGGUGUCAGGGGCUCACCUUCUUCUCUCCUGCCUAUGCGGCCUCUGGAGGGGUGCUGGGCCUGAACCUCUGGCCAGAGCAGCCCCCCGGGCUCUACCUCCUGCCCCCGGGAGCCCCCUUCGUUGAGCUGCUCCCAGUCAAGGAAGGAGCCGAGGACGAGGCCGCCGGCACCAUCCUGCUGGCUGAGGCCCAGGAGGACAAAGAGUACGAGCUGGUGCUGACUGACCACGCCAGCCUCACCAGGUGCCGCCUGGGUGACGUGGUACGGGUGGUCGGGGCCUACAAUCAGUGUCCCGUCGUCAGGUUCGUCUGCAGGCUGGGCCAGGCCCUGAGUGUGCGAGGAGAGGAUAUCAGGGAGGACGUGUUCCAGGAGGCCCUGGGCCGGGCCGUGGGGCAAUGGCAGGGGGCCAAGCUCGUGGACCACGCCUGUGUGGAGAGCAGCAUUCUGGACUCCUCCGAGGGCUCUGCACCCCACUAUGAGGUGUUCGUGGAGCUCAGGGGACUGAGGAACCUGUCCGAGGAAAAUCGGGCCAAGCUGGAUCACUGCCUCCAGGAAGUCUCCCCCUACUACAAGUCCCUGCGGUUCCGGGGCAGCGUGGGCCCCGCCCAGGUCCACCUGGUGGGAACGGGGGCCUUCAGAGCCCUGCGGGCAGCCCUCCGAGCCUGCCCCUCCCUCCGCGCCCCCCCUGAGAUGCCCCGGGUCCUUAGACACAAGCACCUGGCCCAGUUUCUGCACAGGAGGGUGGUGUCCUGAGCCAGGGCCCGCCCGCCGCUGGGCUCCCCUCGGGUCUCUCCAGAUGGGGGUCCUUGGCCAGUGCUGGGGUGCAGGCUCCGGGCGUAGAGCAGACCCCAGCCUGUGACCACGUGGAGGCCACUGUGGAGGAGCUCCCCAUCUCUCCCAUCAGAAAAGUGUUCGGCCACGCUCAUGAGUGCUGGGGGGGGCGUGUCAAAGGCCCCAGGGGCGACCCUCAGCCGGUAAGGAACAGGGACUGAUGCAGACAGACCUCCGCGUCACUGUUCCUGAGGCCCCCACACGGUCUCUCGGGGUCCUCAGCUGCCCAUGGCCGUGACCCACUCAUGAGCGCACAUUAACGCAGCCCCCCACCACCACCAUUGUGCUUCCAAAUAAACCUCUGGCACCCAGA